AUGAUGAAAACCUGUUUUGAUGGAAGGCCAACUGCAGACUUUAAGUGGCUUGUUCAAACUUACAGGAAUCGUAUGCAUUGGUCUUCAGCUUGGGUCAAAUCUCAUUUUACUGCUGGUUUGAAAACAACUCAAUUAAGUGAGUCCUUCAAUGCCUUUCUCCGUCGUUUUCUGCAGCCUGAUCAUUCACUUGUUAUAUUCUUCAAUCAUUUUAAUAUUAUGGUCCAGAGAAUGAGGGAUAAUCAUACUGAGUUAGACUUUAAGGCUGCAAACACUAGAGCAAAAAACAAUUAUCCCAACAGUCAACUGAUGCGGUCAGUUGUAAACAAAUACACCCCAACUUGCUUUGCAUUCAUUCAUAGGCAGUAUGAUUUUUCUUUCAAAUACUUUUAUGAAGAGGUCACACCCCAAGUUUCUGCAUUUGAUAAGGUUUUCAAAGUUUUUACAAUUGUACAUGUUGAUGAACCUGAGGAAGUAGAUGGUGUUAAUUAUGAUGAUGCUUGUAAUGAUGGGCCUUCAAACCGUGAUGUUUUGGAUGAAGAAGUUGCUGAAAACCUUUCCCCAAACUUUGAAAAGCAUGAUCGACUUGAUGAACGGCUUGUGACAAUUGAUAUUAGGGCCAAACGUAUUAGCUGCACAUGCCGUAUGUUUGAGAACAGGGGUUUCUUGUGUCGACAUGUUUUCAAAAUAUUGGAGUUUUUCGGUGGUUCUGUGCAAUAUCAUGGUUUGAAGACAAUACCUGCAGAAUAUGUGUUAAAGCGUUGGUGUAGAGAUGUGCGUCAGUCUGUUAAAUCUACUAUCAAUGUUGCCACUGAAGGCGCGACUCAAGCACAACGAUAUCAACAAAUUUGUGCUGUUACAGUUAAGCUUUGUACACGUGUUUGUGCAGAUCCUGAGGCUUCUCAAAUUUUUCUUAAUGGUGUUCUUGAAGCUGGGAGAAAGGCAGAGGAGUUGCUUACUUCGAAAGGUAUUCAUACAGUUCAAUCUUCCGUGACGCCAUCUAAGUCAUCUUCCGUUACGCCAUCUAAGUCUUGCAAUACAGCAGCUGUCAGUGAAGCAUCUGAUGCUCAAAAGUCGACUGGUCCAAAGUUCAAAAAAAGACCAAAUCCAAUUAGAUCAAAGAAACGACUUAAAAGUGAUUAUGAAUUGGCUAGAGAAUACCAGAAAUUCCUUAUACACCGGAAGAGAAAACAGAGAGGGGCUGAGGAUUUAAAGGGGAAAGAGGCUGCUGAUUGA